UCUAUACUGAUUUGCUUAUCUUUCUAGUUACUUCUUAUAGUCUACGAUUAUAAAAGAUUACAUUACGAUAAUAAUAAAAUAACGAAUGCAACAUGUAACAUCGAAAGUUGUAUAAAUGAGUAAUAAUAACGUUAAUACAAUGAAGGAUUUUAUAUAUAUAUGAAUGUAUGAAUGUAUACAUAAAUAAAUAAGUAAAGAAAAUAAACAAUUUUCUCUCGAUCUGAAUAAAUAUUAAGAAGGCACACAUUCGAUUUAACUGCUUAAGAGAAAACCUCAUAGAACAGAUAUGGAGAAGAAACAUGGUUCUAAUAUAGUGGAAGAGGAAGAACUAGAAGAAUCUGAAAAUAUAAUUAUAAAUGAAGUUGAUGGAUUACCAAAUUUACAUCCUAAUUAUCAACAAUUGGAGCUAGAAUUUGAUGUAGAAAAAAAUCGUUCUGAUACAAAUACAAGGACUAUUGAAGAUUUAGUACAUGAUGAAGAUUUACCAACAUCAGUUAUUGUAACUAAUGUAGAUCCCAGAGUUUUUAAAGAUGAUGAAUUAAAGGAAGAAAUACAGAAUCUCUUCAAACAGUUUGGGGAAGAUGCUACAUUUCAAUAUUUUAGAUCAUUUAGAAGAAUGAGAGUGAAUUAUAGUUCUCCAAGUGCAGCAGCAAAUGCCAGAAUACAAUUACAUCAAGCUCAUUUUGGUGAGACAGAUAUCAACUGUUAUUUUGCACAACCUGUUACCCCAAUAGAUGUAGAAGAUCAACACCUUCACCCACCAGCAUUAACAAAACAGUUCCUAAUUUCACCACCUGCUUCACCACCUAUUGGAUGGCAGCCUAGAGAGGAAGGCGAACCUUUAGUUAAUCAUGACUUAUUGGCUGCUAUAGCAAAUUUAUCUGCAGGAGGCAGUCAUGAAUUACAUCCUGGUGGUUCAGGACAACCUGGCAUAGUUGUACAUGUUUGUGAAACAACAAAUCCUAUGAAAAAUGUUCCACGUAUUCAACAUACACGUUGUCCAGAACAUUCAUAAACAGCUCUAUUAGAAAUAUUGUCCACUCAUUUGACAAUGAAUUAUUUAUCCAUCCAAGAAGCAAUUAGUGGCAUUACAAACAAUGAUAUUCAACACUCAAAAAUUUAUAUUGCAAUAUUGCAAAAUUAAUACUUUAAUUUGAGAUCACAAAUUCACAAGAAAUAAUCUGUAAAUGUGUUUUGCUCAGAGUAAUAUAUAUAAAUAAUAUUUUAUGCUGACAUUAUAAAUAUAUAAAAAUACGUGAUAUAAUGAAAUAAUUUAAAAAAGUCAUCGAAUAUUAAAUAACGUACAAAUAAACUACUAGAAAAAUCUAUAUAAUAUUUCGGAAUAACUUUACACCAAUUCUCAUCCUCUUUUAAUUUAAAAUCACAAUUUAAAAUAUUAGAUGCUUACUUACAAUUAUAAAAAUUAAUAUUACAGUAUCAAGGGUAAACGAUAUUGAAAUUAGCGAUAUUAACGUUUCACUCGAAGUAUCGAUGUUACAAAUACUUUUAAAGGAAGUAUAUAAAAUUUAUGAUCUUAGAAAAGGCAAUUAGAAUUAAAUUCUUGAUUUGUUAAUUAUCUCAGAAUUUCAAGCAAGAGUUACUCGAGAAAUAUAAUUUGUUACAAAGUGGGUGUGUGUGUGAUAAGUUUGAGUAACAUUGAUAUUUAAUGUACAUACAUGUGAUUAUAAGAAUGUACCAUGCAACAUAUGAAAAGUGGUAUCAAUGAUACUGUUUUCUGUCAUAUUUUAAUUAAUCAAUAUUAAAAAUUGGAAGUGUGUGAAUGAUUUUUUUUCAUUAAAAAAAAUAAAUCUUUAGGGAGAAUGUAUAUUUUAUUAAUUAAAUUUUUAGGAUAUAUAUACUUAAUAAAAUUAUAAGUAGUGUUAUCAUUUCAGGAAGAAUUCUUUGCAAUAACAUAUUAAUGUGUUAUUCAAAAUGUAUUAGUGCUACAUGUUUUUUUUUGUAACAAUAAUGUUUAUGCAUCUGUAUAUGUAAAUGUAUAUAGUGUUCCCACUUGCAUAAAAUAUAUUUCAUAUUGAUGUAAGAUUUAAAGUAAUAUAGAAUUGUUGAAAAUUUAUAAAUAUGUUAUAGCAAAUUACUUUUGUGUGAAUAAAUAUGUUACUCAAAACCUGUUUUUAUGUCUGAAUCUUACAGAGAUAAAGAAAAUGUCUUUUUAUGAUCUAUUUACUCAAUUAUUUAAUUUAAAUUAUAUUAGAUAUUCUAGCUUAAUUUUAAAAGGUAUUGUUUUAUUCAUGAAAAUUUGUGUAUUUUAAAAUAAAACUUUUUAGGAAAAAUGUAAUAAGAUACAUCAAAAAAUAUAAAAAAUCCUUUUUAAUUUCGAAAUUGUUCACUUUUACACUUGUCAAUCGCACAUUGAAAUAAUAUAAAAGCUUUAUACACAUAAAUGUUAAUAGUAAUGCGUGUGUUGAGUAAAGAUCUUAUUGUUCACAAUACAAUUAUGUAAAAUUUCUUUAGUACAGGGAUUAUACAACGUUUUAUUAUUAAAAUAUAAAAGAAUUAAAAUUUUAUAACCUUGCAUUUAUAUGUAACGGUAUAGGCCAUUUCUUAUAUUCUCCCUUUGUAUGAAUUUUUGUUCAUUUUACAUUUCUUCAAUCAAAAAUUAUUAAUAUUAUUUCGGUUAAAAGAAACAUAAUGUAGUUCAUAAAAACAGAAUACAAAAAAUAUUGUAUACAAAAAGUUCUGUAAUUUCUGUACUUUCUACAAUUCAAAUAAGUCAAUGAAAAACAAUCAUAUUUGGAAAAUAUGUACACUUGCAGUAAAUAAACAUAUCCAUGCAUUUACGUUUA